CAAAUUUUAGUUAAUAAAACUCAGUGUACCUGAAUAGUUCAAAAUUUCUGGACGCAAAAAAAUUAUAACAAUGAUAGUACAAAUAUUUUUCUUAACAUUGUUUACAGUAUCGACUGGUCGACCUUCAGUUGAUCCAGAUGAUCAUUGUAAAGGUUUACCAGGAAUGACUUGGAAUGGAACACAUUGUAUUUGUGAGUCAGUUGAUCCUGUAACUAAAGUAGCAUUCGAUGAAGGAUCAGGUGCUUCAGAAUCUGUAGGCAGUGAUGAUUCAAGUGAUGAGUCAUUUUUUACUAAGUGUCUUCCUGGAGGUGACUGUGAUGGUGGUUUACCACCUGAUCCUUUAACUAAGGUGCUAUUCGAUGAAGGAUCAGGUGCUUCAGAAUCUGUAGACAGUGAUGAUUCAAGUGAUGAGUCAUUUUUUACUAAGUGUCUUCCUGGAGGUGACUGUGAUGGUGGUUUACCACCUGAUCCUUUAACUAAGGUGCUAUUCGAUGAAGGAUCAGGUGCUUCAGAAUCUGUAGACAGUGAUGAUUCAAGUGAUGAGUCAUUUUUUACUAAGUGUCUUCCUGGAGGUGACUGUGAUGGUGGUUUACCACCUGAUCCUUUAACUAAGGUGCUAUUCGAUGAAGGAUCAGGUGCUUCAGAAUCUGUAGGCAGUGAUGAUUCAAGUGAUGAGUCAUUUUUUACUAAGUGUCUUCCUGGAGGUGACUGUGAUGGUGGUUUACCACCUGAUCCUUUAACUAAGGUGCUAUUCGAUGAAGGAUCAGGUGCUUCAGAAUCUGUAGACAGUGAUGAUUCAAGUGAUGAGUCAUUUUUUACUAAGUGUCUUCCUGGAGAUGACUGUGAUGGUGGUUUGCCACCUGAUCCUUUAACUAAGGUGCUAUUCGAUGAAGGAUCAGGUGCUUCAGAAUCUGUAGACAGUGAUGAUUCAAGUGAUGAGUCAUUUUUUACUAAGUGUCUUCCUGGAGAUGACUGUGAUGGUGGUUUGCCACCUGAUCCUUUAACUAAGGUGCUAUUCGAUGAAGGAUCAGGUGCUUCAGAAUCUGUAGGCAGUGAUGAUUCAAGUGAUGAGUCAUUUUUUACUAAGUGUCUUCCUGGAGAUGACUGUGAUGGUGGUUUACCACCUGAUCCUCGUAAAAGAGAUAGACCAUCAAGUUGUGAACCUGGAGAUCCAAGUAGCUGUUGCUGUUCAAAUCGUAUUGCGAAUAAUACAAUUAUUAUAAACGUUUUCAAUUCAACAAACACUAAUUUAGUCGUAUUCGGCUCUGGUUUAAGUUCCUGCUGCUGCUCACAUGAGAUUAUCGAUAAUGCUGUUCAUUUAAACAUAACUUCUUCAUUUGGGACUAAUUUCACCUUAUAUGACUUCAAAACUUGUGGUUUAGAUAAAUGCUGCUGCUCUAUCAAGAAAUCUACAGUUUAAAAAAAGUAUCUUUCUCUCUCAAGAAAAAUCAUCUCAAACUAUAUAUAAACU